GUUUCUCAUCUGUUUUUGAUAUUAUUUAAGAAAGUUUUCUCUAACCUCCAUUUGCUCAGAUUUGUCAUUAGUAAAGAUUAUGCAGCUAAAUAAACUGUUCUAAAUCUGCAAAUACAUAGUUUAAAAUACAAAACAUACUUUGUACCAUUAUUAUCUCAACAAUCCACUAAACAGACUUAUUAAAACUAAAAUCCAAAUCAGGGAAAUCUAAGAGGAAAUUUAGCUUAUUAAUAUAGACCACAAUAAAAAAGACUCAAAGUGACUGCAAGCAGCACAUUGAUUUUGUUUGGGCCAUUCAUUACACUUUUGGUUGUAUAUUUUAUAAUGAUGGUUGCAUGUAAAGAAUUAACUAUUACUAAAUAACAUUAGCAAUGCCUCCCACUACUUUGUCAUUGAAAAAGUAGCAUAUUUCUGUAUCUAUUGAGCCCCUUCCAACAGAAUCACUGGUUACCUCUCAGCUACAGUUGAAUGCACUAUUGUGGAACAUACUCUUUGUCUUUGUGAAACUCUUGUAAGCAUAGCCUUUUUCUGUUUUUUUCUGAUCCAACACGUUUCAGCUGCUUACACUCAGCAGCUUUGACCGUCUCACUCACACAAACCCAUCACGCAGUGCCAAAGAAAGUGAAGUUGUACUAAUAAAACCAUGGUGGAGCAGAGAGAAGGAAAACAGUCAUAAGCAACCUAUUUCCUGAGAAAAGUGGGGCAGGAUAAACUCAGUGGGACAAGCUCCUGAAGCAGUCACAACUUCUCUGGUUAAAAUUCCUCUCAUUGUGUCCUUCCCUGCUCCGGGACCAGAUGUGCAGGAAGCUUUCAGGACAGGAGAGAAAGAUCAGAGACUUUGUUGUUUUCUUUUCUUUCAUCUCCUCACCUCAUGGCUCAUGCUGUUCCUGUUCAGUAUUCAAAUAAAACUCCACUGGCACACAUAUUCACCCACAACUCCACUUGUUUUACUCAGCAUCUCAGAUGUCCCUGUCUCUGAAUCCGCUCAUUGUGUUUAUUCAUUGACUAAAAAUGAAAAUGUUGUUUGUUUGUUUUUUUUAUCAGAAUUGUGUUUUUUAAAUAGGCAUAAAGUGGUGCAAUGAAUAUAUCAAAGGUGUGAGGACUUCUUUUUAUAUUAAUCGUGAUGGUUAUGUUUGCAUGCUGCAAUGUGAUGCUUUACAGUUGUGACAACCACUGAAGCUGGAGCACUGAACACGAUAAAAAACAAAACAUCUUUCUUCAUCUUUCCUCUUUCAUCUUCAUCAUUCUUCUUCUAGCUUGCAUAGAUUACUUGAACAUUCUCUAUACAGACUGUGAAUGUUUUGUGUCUGGGUCUCAGCACAAUGGGAGAUAUUAGCAGUGCUGAUUGAUGCUGAAAACUGACCAAUCUUUAUGAGGUGAAAAAUGUUUCAAAGAAUUUGCCAAGAUGACAAGCUCAAAUGAUAAACCAGCUUGGACUUGUAGAGAUGCAGAACGUGUUAAAAUGAGAAGCCAUAACAAAUGUAUGAUCACAUAGUUGUUGGUCCAUCUGGAAGGCUUGUCAGGUAAAAGCAUCUAGUUUUCAAAGUCUAAUCCAACAACUGAGACCAACAAAACCACAGGAAUCCUGAAAACCAGAGCAAAUCCAAAGUGUACACACUUAACUAUAAGAAAAUCCUCUCUGGGAAACUCAAACUCAGCAUUUCAUCACAAUGUUGUUUCAACUGUCAACCAUUCUGGUGCAGGGAUGCUGAUGACAUGGAACUGUUGCAGGAACAGGAUUUUAAGAUCUUGCAGAUAAAAAUGCACUCUCACCAAAGUGAUCUAGGAUUAAACAUUGGUCUCUCACAAUAAAAUGUCUCAAAAGAAAAUGAUAAAGAUGUGGCGCUGGUGCAGGCAAACUCUACAUCUAAACGUAUUUGUGUUUAGUCACUGAAGUCAACUUUUUAAACGUUUAAAAAUUAAAAAUGAAAGACUUGUGCAAGCAUAAGCAUUUGUAUUGUAUUGGGUUUUCUCUUAAUUUGUCUUGUUUCUUACUUAUAUGAACACGUGUAAAAGCAUAAAAGCUAAAGGUGUAUGACAAACCAAAUUCAGAUUUGAAACAUGAUUACCCAUGUGUUUCAGAGGAGUUGAAUGUCACAUAAAGCAGAUUUAUUCCAAACUGCUAAGUACGGUUACGUCUGUGAUCAUUUUGAUCUACUUAUAUUUUGUUAGCUUAACAGUUUUAAAGAGGUCAAAAAUAUUUUAAACAUUCUCUCCAGAGAAACAUUGUUGUCCGGAGUGAACAACUUUCUGUAAAACGUUUCAGUCUUUGAGUUGGAGACUUUCAACCAGAACCAGAUGUUUGAAGAGGAUCCAGAAGCAGGGAGUGAAGUCUGAGACGAGGUGAACCGAGAGCCACACAGGCCCAGACACCCCGACGUCUUUCUGUCCACAUCUUGUACUUACAUUUGGAAUCGUGUUUUGAAGAAGGGACACUGCAGCAAAUAAAAAGUUCAACAUUCUGUUAUUUUGUUUUGGUUUUGUUUGUGCUUCUUGUUUGUUUCUAGAAAGUAGUCUUGCCUGUACACAUCUCAUCUGCAUGUUUGUUAAACAUCAUUUCUGGUUUUGGAACUGUAUUGUUAUUAUUCAAAACAUGACUCUUGUAGUAAUGUUUUGAUGUUUUUGCUUCUAUUUGAAGGCUUUGAUUUAGCACAUCUGUUGUGGUGUUCUAAAUCUAAAGUGUGUUUUGAGUUGGGGUGCAACACAAAGGAAUCAACUUCAGACGCCAGGAGAAUCUUCCCUCAGGGACACUGUUGCAUUCUGCCUUUCACUGGGCAAAUGGAGAGCAGCAAAGAGAUGGGACAUGAGACAUCAGUCUAGUGAUAGAACAUGAAAGCAUCUUAGUUCCUGCAAAAAUACUAACCUCGUCACACAGUACUGUUUAAAGUUUUUUCUUUUUGUUUUGCAUGAGAAAAACAUGCAUUGAGUGUAAAAUGCAGAUUGAAAAUAAAGGAGUGGACUGAGGAGGGGAAGGGAAGGCUUCUUGUGGAUGUGGCCCACUUUAUUACAGAGCACUCCACAGUUCAGCAUUUAUUUUUGGGUUUGCUGCAGUCUAGUUGUAGCCACUGAUGUUCGGCCCUACUCUGAACCUCCAGGUCCUGCAGACCCCCACCAGCUCUCCUGUGUUGUCCAUUCACGUUAGAUUAGGUCACACACUCUUCUGACCACAGAGGCCAAAGAUUCAGAAGAGUGCUGUGCGCAGAGCUGUACUUGUCCUUAAGGACUGAAGACUUUCUCUUCAUUUGACCCUCUUAAAGCUCACAUUUACAAACUCAAACAGAAUAGGUUUUGUGUUAAAAUCAUCUUUCCAAAUCUGAAAAGGAACCUCUAAUGUGCAUCCCAUGUGUGCACCAUGUUCUCUGUGAUCUGACCCGAGAAAGUGAAUGUUUUUGACUGCUUUUUAAUCACAUACUUUCUGUCUUUUAUCCCUUUCUCUCCAUCCCCAUACUUUUGUAUAUCCCUCUAUCAUCCGACAUAAUCAUCUGACUGCAUACAUCUCCGCACACACAACAUUCACAUGCACUUUUCAGAGUCCAGGUCUAGAUGUUGAUGAGAACGGUACGUUGGACCUGAGUAUGAGCAAGCGUCUGUGCAGCGGUGGUGCAGGGGAUGCAGUUCUAACCCCUCUAGAGCCAAUGUCCCCCCAGAGGCAAGCCGCCCUGCUGGGCUCCCGCUGCUAUGGCAUGGGGGACGCAGCAGACUGCUGGGAUCUCCCUGUAGACUACACCAAGAUCAAACACAUAGAUGAGGACGAGAAAGAGACGGAUGACCUUGAUCCUUUCCAGGACUUACUGGAUGAUCGUUCCUACACCACAGAUGUCAACAUGCCCAGCCCCAAGCCCAAGUAUGUCCAGUGCAAGGAGACUAAGAAGGACCUGAUAACUCUCUCCGGCUGUCCUUUAGCAGAUAAAAGCAUUCGAAGUAUGCUGGCCAACAACGCGCAGGAGCUCAAGUAA